UACUUCAUGUCAGAUUCCAACACAACUGACUUCACCAACCCCUCCACCUUCAUCCUGCUUGGCAUUCCAGGCCUGGAGGCAGCCCAUGUCUGGAUCUCCAUCCCCUUUUGUGUCAUGUACACCAUAGCCAUGUUGGGGAACUCCACCAUCCUGUUCAUCGUCAAGACAGAGCUGAGGCUGCAUGAGCCCAUGUACUAUUUCCUCUGCAUGCUGGCUAUCACUGACCUGGUUCUUUCUACAUCCACUGUGCCUAAAAUGCUGAGCAUCUUCUGGUUCAAAUCCAGGGAGAUAGAUUUUAGUUUGUGCCUCACCCAGCUCUACUUUGUUCACUGCUUUAUAGCGAUGGAGUCUGGAAUCGUCUUGGCCAUGGCUUUGGAUCGCUAUGUGGCCAUCUGUGAUCCCCUGAAAUAUUCCACUAUCCUGACAAACCACAUGGUGGCCAAGAUUGGUCUGGCUGUGGUGCUGCGUGGCAGCAUUCUUGCACUCCCCUAUCCCUUCCUGGCAAGGCGGUGGCCAUACUGCAGAACCAACAUCAUCUCCCACACAUACUGCGAGCACAUAGCCGUGGUGAAGCUGGCCUGCGCAGACGUACGCAUCAGUAGUUACUACGGCCUGAUUGUGGCAUUCUUGGUGAUUGGUCUGGAUGUGUUUUUUAUCGCUGUGUCCUAUACACAGAUUCUAAGGGCCAUCUUCAGCCUCCCGACAAAGGACACCCGGCUCAAGACUUUUGGUACCUGUGGCUCCCACCUCUGUGUCAUUUUAGCAUUUUAUAUCCCAGGUCUCUUCUCCUUUCUCACGCAUCGGUUUGGCCACAAUGUGCCUCCACAUUUCCACAUUCUCAUUGCCAACAUGUACAUUCUACUACCCUCCAUGCUAAACCCCAUCAUCUAUGGGGUGAGGACCAAACAGAUCCGAGACAGGCUGCUCUGGCAUAUUACUCAUAUUGAAUAA